AUGGAUAAUAAUCCAUCUUCGGGCGGCGAAACGACGAAUAAUAUUACAACGACGUCGUACAGUUGCAGUUUCUGCCGACGUGGAUUCUCGAACGCGCAGGCAUUAGGUGGACACAUGAACAUCCAUAGGAGAGACAGGGCAAAGCUGAUGAUGAUCGACGGCGACGACGAAUUUUCCCGCCAAAAUCCCCCGUCUAAGAUCGGCACCGAAGACGGUGAUGAAUAUUCUAAUAAGUUGAUUUUCAACAAUCAAAGUACAACGAACGACGACGAUGAUGAGAUUAUUAUUGUAGUUGAAGAUAAUUCGAUUCAUCGUUCGUUGCCGUUAUUUACGGAGCAGACGGUGGCGGCGGCACCACCUGCAGAGACCAACGGCAGCAAUCAAGAGAAGGCGAAAACGGAGAAAUUGAGAUUAAUUGUUGGUGAAGAUGAUGAUCAACUGUUAGACUUGGAACUUCGAUUAGGACCAAUUCAGCCUAAUCAAUAUUCCAAGUCAAAGCAACUAUAG